AUGGAGUACACCGAUUGGAUCACACCGCGCCCUUUUCAAGACGAUCCUGGAUUUAUUGGCAAAGCCUUUGCAGCCCAGAACCGGGAGUCAGGGCUUGAGGAGGUUAUAUGUCGUCUUGCAGCCGAAACUUGGACGAACGCGCAAAUGCAACUGGGUCACCAACUCGAUCGAAACCAAGAGGUUGUUCUCGACACGGAAGAGCUCUGGUUUGGCAAGCGCAAGGUUCUAUAUCGACUUCGAAUGCCGGACAGUUCCCUCUGGAUGGCUCGAUUGCAUAACACGCUGUACGAUAAGACAGCAGUAACGGACUACACAACGCGCAUCACAAACCAAAUACUUUUGUUUGAAAGCGAGGUCGCAACUAUGAAGUUCGUAAAGGAGAAUACGCAAAUCCCUGUCCCUAAAGUCUAUGGAUACGAUUUCACAUACGCAAAUGCACUUGGCACACCCUAUAUCUUUAUGGAGUAUAUCGCCGGAAAGCCUUAUCCAUUUCCUUUUAGCGGACAACGACCAGUCAAGGAAGAUGACUUGGUCAAAAUACACAGUCAGCUGACGAGUUUCGCAUGGCAGCUUUCGAGGCAACCAUUCGAUAAAAUCGGACAGCUUCGAUUUGCUACUGGCGAGAAAAGAGGUGUGGCCAUUGGACCCAUCAUUGAUCGCAAAGAACGGCUCUAUGGUCCUUUCACAUCAUCGAGAACGUUCUACAAAGAACGCGCAAAAGUGGUCUAUGAGUUUGAAAAGCGCCGGAACUUGUCAGGACAACAAUCCAAUGUCGAUGACAGCAUAGACUCUGCAGCGUUACAUGUCCUUGCCGCAGAACACGCAGGCAAGGAAUGUUUCGACUCUGGACCUUUUAUCCUACAACAUGCCGACAUGCAUUGGCAGAAUCUACUGUUUAACGAACAAUGUAAGAUAGUAGGGGUGAUAGACUGGGAAUGGACACAAACAGUUCCGGUGGAUUCUUUCAACUUGCUGCCCUGUAACUUUGCAUCAAAAAUGUUACCGUAUCGAUCAGAAAAUGCCACCCGACAUCAGCAAAAUCCAAUCCAACAGUUUGAGGCUCUUUCAAAGACGGGAGGCGCAGUUAUGGAACGUCAUGUCAUAGAGGCUAUCGUUUCCUUCCAGGAUUCGCCGUCUCAAUACAUCGCUCGAUAUAUGGAAGAGUAUAACUGGCCAGAAUAG